AUGAUAAUUAGUAAAACACUUAAUAAAACACAAGAAGAAAUAAUUAAAAGUAUUUCAAUUAAAGGAGAAACACAAAUAUCAACACGACUUGAUCCAGAUGAAAUAAAAGAAGAAAAUAAAAUAGGAGAAGGAUCAUUUGGAAUAGUAUAUAUCGGAGAAUUUAGAGGGAAUCAAGUAGCAAUUAAAAAAAUGAAAGAAAUUGAAGAAAAUGAAAAUAAAAUGAAAGAAUUUGAGAAAGAAGUAAGACGAGCAAAAGGAAUUUCAUAUCUUCAUUCAAAUGGAAUAAUGCAUCGAGAUAUUAAACCAGAUAAUUUUCUUGUUGUAACAAUUGAUGAUAAUAUUGGAAUUAAUUGUAAAUUAACAGAUUUUGGAAGUUCAAGACAUGAUGAUAACAAAGAUUCACAAAAGAACAAUUCUAUAGAAACAAAAAGUUACACAAAGAAAUUAUAA